AUGGUUCACCAUGUCGCGUGCCAUGAAAAACAAACCAAGAUAAAGAUCCGUCACCUCAUGGAAAUUGGUGCAACCAGCCAAGUCAACUAUGUUCGCAUCCGUCGGAUUGAUGAAGACCACGAUCGAACUCAAGACCACACCAAAUUUCUUCGAAGGGAAAUGGCCACGACCCGAACCAAAGUACAAGAGCUCCGGGAACACCGAACCACCUUAGAAGAACGUCUCACAGAAGCAGAGCGCCAAGCAGCAAAAUCUAGAGCUGAAAUGAGGGAAACCAGGAACUUCGUGUCUUCACUUCGUGAUCCUCAGAGCUUCAACCGCCGCAAGUAG